AUGGCCUCGACUAUCGAUGAGGAGACGAUUGCACAGCUGCAAGCACCGGAGGUGGUCAACGCCACAGCGAACUCUCUCACGUACUAUCGUUCUCAGCCCGGCAACCUUCGAUCAUACAGCAAUGUCGAAAGCGUAUCGCUCGGAACCGGAUACAGUAUCUACUCAUCUACGAUACUGCCGGCUAUCAGAUCCACAGACUUCGAGCUAAUCCUCGUGACGUGUUUCUGGGCCCGAUCUGCCACCUUGGACGCACUCAACGAUGCCCUUCUCGAGCUCUCCGCAAAGGGGCUGAGUCAAGAGAGAAAGAUCAGAAUUCGCAUUUGCUUCUCCAGCUCUUCAUUACUGCAAAAGCUGCUACAUACGCAGUCACUUCGUGGACAAACCUGGACGCCAUCGACAUGGAAGUCCAAGCUAGGUCUACCGGCCGCGAGCGAGCUCUCAGGCCUCGACAUGGAAGUUAUCAGUAUUUUCCAGCUGCCUUUUAGCGUAAUGCAUCCGAAGUUUGUUAUCGUUGACCGCAAGAGGGUGCUACUUCCGAGUUGUAACGUGAGCUGGGAGGAGUGGUUCGAGGGUUGCGUGAGCCUUACGGGAGCUGUAACCGAGCAGUUUUUGACCUUCUGGUUGAACUUCUGGGCAGAUGAGAAUAUCGCAGAACUUCCGCCUGUCACGCAGGAGAGGGAAACCAGCUCUCCGCUGGUCGCGGAUGGAUCAACCAACAGGUUACUGGCUGUAAGAAUGCUCAGCGGACAGGAUGUGCCAUCCACGCUGCUACCGUCACCACAUCAGCGAUUUAAUCUGCCGUGGCUGUCCUCUUCUGCGGCACCGCCGACACCGCUCAACAUCUAUUUGCUGACACUCUUCGCUCGUGCAAAACGCUCCAUCUACAUUCAGACGCCUAACUUUACGGCCGAGCCGGUGUCGACAGCAGUUUUCGGUUGCUUGGCAAGAGGGGUGGAUGUCAGCAUUGUGACGAGCCGAAAGCUGAUGCGUCUGGAGCAAUUGGUGACCGCUGGCACGACCACGCAUCGAUGUGUCUCUGAGCUGGUCGAGCGGUACAUGCGCUUGCACGAACAAGUCAAGGCUGCACGUACUGAUACUGAUGCGGAGACGGGACUUGUACCACGCGCCGUUGGGCAACUAAUUGUCAAUUACUACAAGCCGCGCAAUGAGUGCGAUCACGAGCCUGUGCAGUCUCACCUUAAGCUGACGAUCGCAGACCAAGAGAUCGCUGUCUUUGGAAGUGGCAAUAUGGACAGAGCGAGCUGGUACACGAGUCAGGAGCUUGGUCUGGCCCUGCGAUCUAGGAAGCUCGUUGACGACAUCUGGCAUUGCUUACAGCAGGCAAUGGCGGAUCGCACCACAACAGUGUACAGCAGUGCGUGA